AUGGCUGCCGUCCAUGGGGACGACAACCAGCUGCUUACGAGUGUGGGCAAGGGGCUGCAUGAGAGCGCACUCGCGUUGAGCGAUGCGGAAGUUCGCAGGCUCAGGUGGAAGAUCGACUGGGCUAUCGUGCCCUACGUCUCCCUCCUCUACCUGCUCAGCUUCCUUGAUCGCGUCAACAUCGGUCAAGCUGCCACCGCUGGUCUGAACACCGACCUCAACCUCGUCGGUAAUGAGUACGCAGUUGCCCUGUCGGUAUUCUUCGUAUCGUACGUCGCCGUCGAAGUGCCUUCCAACCUCCUCCUCAAGAGGCUCCAACCUCAUCGCUGGAUCUUCUUCAUUAUGGUCACUUGGAGCAUUAUUAUGAUCUGCAUGGGGCUGGUGCAUAACGCUGCCGGCUUGCAGGCGGUCCGGUUCUUCCUCGGUUUGGCAGAGGGAGGACUGUUCCCGGGUAUCAACUACAUGCUCACGACGUGGUACACUCGAGAGGAGCAGAACAUGCGAAUCUCCACCUUCUUCGCAGGUGCCACACUCGCCGGCGCCUGGGGUGGACUCCUCGCCUUCGGCAUCCGGCACAUGGACGGCUUGGGGAACAAAGGCGGCUGGGCAUGGAUCUUCAUCCUCGAGGGUCUCCUCACGUUCGUCUGCGCCGUCCCUGCCUUCUGGCUCGUCCAGGACUUCCCGGACGACAGCAAGCUCCUCUCGCCGCAUGAUCGUGCCCGCUGGCUGCACAGGCUCAGCAGCUCGCAGGGAGUCACUAAUGCCCAGCUGCCAUUCUCGUGGAAGCAGGUCAAGGAUGCGUUCACGGAUUGGAAGACCUACGUAUAUGCGCUGAUGUACAUCGGCAUUGCAGAGCCGUUCUAUUCGCUUGCACUCUUUACACCCGCAGUCAUUACCGGUCUCGGGUUCUCAAAUGCCAAUGCUAACCUCAUGACCAUCCCUCCGUACGUCGUCGGCUUCCUCACAACACUAGCGACAGCCUACUGGUCCGACCGCGUGCUCGUACGCGGGCCCUUCAUCGUCGUAUGGAUGACGAUUGUCAUUAUUGCGUAUAUCAUCCUUCUGUGUGAUGUCAGCGUUGGCGUCAAGUAUUUCGCGCUGUUCUUGGCUGUAGCUGGGGAUUCGCCAUGCAUCGCCAGCUGCAUCACGUUCAUCGGGAAUAACGUGGGGCCUACUUACAAGCGCGCCGCAGCCAUGGGUUUCUUCUUCACGAUCGGCAAUUCCGGCGGUCUCGUCGCCUCUAACGUCUACCCCACCCCCAGUUCCCCACGGUUCAUCGAAGGGCACAGCAUCGCUCUCGCCUUCAGUGCGAUGGCCAUCGUCUGCGCUCUGAUCAUCAGCAUCCACAACUACCGCACCAACAAGCAGCGGGACGAGAAGUGGGGUGUGCCCGCCGCGGAUGGGAGCGAGUGUUCCCCGCUGAGGGCGAGUGACCCUGUGCUGCUGAAGAAGUUUGGACUGGAGGGGUUGGCCCCGCAUCAGAUUAUGGAACUGGGGGAUAAUCACCCUGCUUUCCGAUAUAUCUGGUGA